AUGGCAAAUGGACUGUCAUACCAGACUUCCAUCCUGUCCUGCCUUCUGUCCUUUCAGUCCUUUCAUGUUGAUAUUCUGGGUUUGGACAGUGCUGGAAAGACAACAGUUUUAUUCAGGCUGCAGUUCAAGGACUCUGUAAAUACCAUACCUACCAAAGGACUUAACACUGAGAAAAGUAAGGUAACCUUGGACAAUUCUAAAACAGUCACCUUUCACUUCAGGGAUGUAGGUGGGCAAGAGAAAUUAAGACCACUGUGGAAGUCAUAUGCCCAUUGCACAGAUGGCAUUGUGUUUACGGUGGACACUGUUGAUGGUGAGAGAAUGGAAGAAGCUAGGUCUCAACUUCAUAAAAUAAGUAGGAUAUCAGAAAAUCAGGGAGGCCCUGUGCUUUUAGUUGCUAACAAAAAAGACAGGAGGAACUUGCUCUCUCUCUCUCUCUCUCUCUCUCUCUCUCUCUCUCUCUCUCUCUCUCGUUCUCUCACUCUCUCCCUCUCUGAGAUUGAGAAGCUGUUAGCAAUGGGUGAACUGAGCUCAUCCACUCCGUGGCAUUUGUAG